AUGGUCAAUGUUCUAAACAAGAGUUUAUUUCUUUAUCUUAUUUUCUUAAUAAUACCAAUUAAUAGUGAUGAAAUACUUCCAUGUAAUAUAACAGCCGAUCAAAAUGAACAAAAAAUUAACGUACAGUAUAAAACGAAACCGAUACAAGAUGAAUUUAUUAUUCAAUUUACUGGUUAUUAUAAUACAAUUACCCGAUCAAAUUAUUUAACGCGAGUCUUUGAACGUAAUCAUGUAUCUUAUGAAAUAAUUCAACGAAAUAAUUUAUUACAACAUUAUCCAUCUGAUUUUGAUAUUGUUCGAUUUUCUGACGAUGAACAGAUAAUUAAUGCACUUAAAAAACACCCAGUUAUUCGAGCUAUUAAUCCUCAUCGACAAAUUCUUCGUUAUAUACAAUAUUCAACAAUUGAAGAAGAUGAAGAAAUACCUGGUAAUAAAAGAAAAUUACAUCGUAGUCCAUCAAAUCAUAUUCGAAUAGCAGAAAGUUUACAAGCACCAAAAUUAUGGAAAAUGGGUCAUCGAGGUGCUGGAAUUCAUGUAGCUGUAUUUGAUACGGGUAUUCAAGAUGGUCAUCCACAUUUUCCUAAUAUUGCUGAAGUAACAAAUUGGACUGAUGAAAAGAAUGAUCAUGAUACAAUUGGUCAUGGAUUAUUUGUUGCUGGUGUUAUUGGUAGUAAUAAAGAAUGUUUAGGUAUUGCUCCUGAAGCCCAAUUACAUAUAUUUAAAGUAUUUACAAAUAAUCAUAUAUCGUAUACAUCUUGGUUUCUUGAUGCUUUUAAUUACGCUAUUAUAAAGAAAGUACAUGUAUUGAAUUUAAGUAUUGGCGGGCCAGAUUUUAUGGAUCAACCGUUUAUUGAUAAAGUAUGGGAUUUAACUUCGAAUGGUAUUAUUCUUGUAUCAGCAAUUGGAAAUGAUGGACCGCUAUAUGGUACGUUGAAUAAUCCUGCUGAUCAAAUGGAUGUAAUUGGAGUUGGAAGUAUAACAGUAGAUGAUGCUAUAUCACGUUUUUCAUCUCGAGGAAUGACAACAUGGGAGCUUCCAGCUGGUUACGGUCGUAUGAAACCAGAUUUAGUUACAUAUGGUUCAUUUGUACGUGGUUCAAAUCUUGUAUCUGGUUGCAAAGUUUUAUCAGGAACAAGUGUUGCAUCACCUGUUGUUGCUGGUGCUGUGGCACUUUUAGCAAGUUCUGUACUUCAUCGUACACCAAAUAUAAUUAAUCCAGCAGCGUUAAAACAAGCUUUGCUAGCAUCUGCUCAUCGUAUUCGACAUGCUAAUAUGUUUGAACAAGGACAUGGAAAAUUAAAUUUAUUACGUGCAUUUCGUAUUCUUAAUCAAUAUGUUCCACAAGCAUCAUUAAGUCCGUCAUAUAUUGAUUUUACAGAAUGUCCAUAUUUUUGGCCAUAUUGUUUACAACCACUUUAUCAUAGUGCUAUACCAAUAAUUGUUAAUGUAACAAUUUUAAAUGGUAUGGAUGUUGUUGGUGAAGUUGUUGGACAGCCUCAAUGGCAUCCACAAGAUUUAUAUGGGCAAUAUCUUGCAUUAUCAUUUAAUUUUUCAACUAAAUUAUGGCCAUGGUCAGGGUAUCUUGCAAUAUCAAUGAGUAUUCAUCAGAAUGCUUCUAAUUUUGAAGGAAUAGUUCAAGGUCAUGUUACAUUAACUAUUGAAUCACCAGCUAAAGAUUCUGAAAGUUUUGUUCAACGAAGUGAUUUAAUUUUACCAGUUCGUGUACGCAUAAUUCCAACACCAAUACGUUCUCAUCGUAUACUUUGGGAUCAAUAUCAUUCAAUUGGUUAUCCACCUGGUUAUUUUCCACGUGAUGAUUUAAAACAAAAAAAUGAUCCUCUUGAUUGGAAUGCUGAUCAUAUUCAUACAAAUUUUCGUCAUGUUUAUGAACAUUUAAGAAAUGCCGGAUAUUUUAUUGAAGUAUUAGGACAACCAUAUACAUGUUUUGAUGCUUCACUUUAUGGAACACUGUUAAUUGUUGAUCCAGAAGAAGAAUUUUUUGUUGAAGAGAUUUCUAAAUUACAUAACGAUGUUGUUAAUAAAUCCUUAUCACUUAUUGUUUUUGCUGAUUGGUAUAAUGUAUCUGUUAUGAAACGUGUUCAAUUUUAUGAUGAAAAUACCCGACAAUGGUGGUUACCAGAAACUGGUGGUGCUAAUUUACCAGCAUUGAAUAAUCUCUUGAAACCACUUGGUAUUGCUUUAGGUGAUACUAUUCUUGAAGGAAAUUUUGAUCUUGGUGAACAUAUGAUUUACUAUGCAUCAGGCACUCAUAUUGUUCAAUUUCCAGCUGAUGGUUAUUUAAUCUAUCGUCCAUUAAAUGAUCAAGGUGAAGCAAUAAUGCAAAUGCCUAUAUCUCCACAUAUGCCUCAACAACGUCAUUUAAAUCUUGAUAAUCAUGAAAAUCGUAAAAAACAUAAAAUAGAUAUUGAAUCAAUAAUAAAACCUCGUCCUGUUUCAAUGCCAAUUCUUGGUCUUGUUGAAUCAUCUGGUGGUGGUCGUGUUGCAAUAUAUGGUGAUUCAAAUUGUAUUGAUUCUGUUCAUCUUGUACGUGAUUGUUAUUGGUUAUUACUUGCGCUAUUAGAAUUUACAACAUCAAGUCGUGUACCAAAAUUAUUUUUACAACUAGAUGAAAAUAAACAAAUGGAUUUACCUGUGCCUGAACUUGAAAGAUUAAACACAAGUCGUUUACAUAAAUUUUCUCGUGUUAUCGAAAAAAAUGAUUUAGACAAUACAACUAAACAAAGAAAAUUACCACAAUGUUUUAUUAAUACACCAACUAAACCAUCAGAACCAUUAGUUAUUAAUUUAUCUCCACAAAAUAAUAUAAUGAGAUAUCAAAAUCAUUUAAUGGCAAAUGAAGAUGAUAAUAUAGAUACUAAUAUUAUAAUUGAUAGUAGUGAAUCAUCAUCACAUUUAUCACGAGUAUUUUUUAAUUUGAAAAAUCCAAUAUUUAUACCAUCAUUAUUUGGUUCAUUUGGUGUUCUAUGUGUUUUUAUUAUUUUAUGUCGAACACGACUUUAUCGGAUAUUAAUUAUGAUUAUAUAUGGAAACGGAUUUUACAAUCGAAAAUCCAAUAGUUCAAGAUUAAAACCAAUGUCUAAACAUCGACAAUAUCAUUCUAUGUCAUCAUUAAGUAAACCAUAG